CCAAGGUGACCGUCCCGUGGUGUCAGUGUCACUCUUGCUGAAUUCUUCCAUAAUUCUUAAAGAUCGCGAAUGGAUGUCGCUUAAAGUCUCGUCAAGUUUCGCGCUUUGCUUGGUAAAUCUACGUUCGAGCCCCCAUUAAAAAAACGUGAAUUUCCUGUUGGUCGGAACAGACAGAAGAAUCUGAACGUCCCAACUGAAGAAAUGAGUGUCGAAGCGUCCAAGACUCAAGAAUGACAUCGGAGAUGAACCAAAAUACACACGUCAAACGGCAUUGGGUAAAAUUGGUGAACGUUACGAGCAGGAAUCGAGAAUGAAGACGAUCCUUCUGGAACUCUCUGGACCUGGCUCCAUUCCCGUGAAGGAUCCCGGCUCGCAUCGGUUAGGGUACACGCUGAUAAGUGUUUGGACAAAUCUGGUCACGUGCCCUGACCUCUUGCCGCCACGUGUCGGUGUUUAAAAGCAUUUCCUAGCACGCACCAGGGAACACGUGGCUUGAUAAAAUCGGUGGAUCCCCGGGACGUGACCAAGGGUGCUUAAACAGGAAUUCCUAUGGUAACUGUUUGGUAAUCCCAUGGUAAUGGGAUGGGACGGUUGACCGUUAACUGAAAAAUCCCGAUUCGUUUAGAGUUCGGAAAAAGAGUGGACCCUAAGCCCGAUUUCUUCGAGUCUCUGGAGGAUAUCCAAGCGGGAAAACUAGAAAAACGAUCGAGGUGUCAAGUGUUUCAGAUAAAUAGACUUGCGAACCGAAAAGUAGACUCUUCGGGCCCUCUGGACCGUAACGUAUAAUAGACUCUCCGAACUCUAGUUGUCUCUCUGAACUUUAGUAGACGCUCUGGUAGAAAAUCUUGCAAAUUUAAUGUUUCUCGUUUACUCGAAAUUUUCCAAAUUCGUUAUCGCACAGUCAUCGUUUACCAAUCUAGUCAACGUCCAGUCAGCGAUUCUAGUCGUAAAGCUCGAAGAAUUUCAAGUUAUGGACAGCGUUGGUUAACGUAUCUAUCAGGAGCAGAUAGAUUCUUCAAGAUGUAUUCGAUGGAUAAUAUCGAGCUGGACAUGAUGAAUAGGCAGUACAUGUACGAGGCUCACAGUUUUCUGGGCAAUCCAGCCAUUCCUGCUUUGCCGCCGCAUUGCGGCCCGCCGACCGCGGCCACUCUGCCUCCGAUUCCGUCGCAAUUGGUCUCUCAUCCUCCUGGAAGUACUGGGAGCACCAGUGGCAGCGAAAUUUACUUGUACGACGAGAAUAGCAGCGACAAUGAGAGUGCUUACAGUAGCGACCAGGAGAACCACUCCAGAGAAAGAAGUCAGAGCAAUAGACGCAACGGGGCAUCGGGAAAGAGUCCGAGACAGGCGGUGCAGCAGAGGCAGGCCGCCAACAUGAGGGAAAGGCGGCGUAUGCAAAACAUAAACGACGCCUUCGAGGGUUUAAGGGCUCACAUACCGACUCUUCCCUAUGAGAAGAGACUCUCCAAAGUUGACACUUUAAAGUUGGCGAUUGGAUACAUAAAGUUCUUGAACGAACUGGUCAGAGCAGACACGGGCAACGAUCCCUUGACAGGAAACGGUGGACACUCGAGAUGCUCCGGUCGGGACGACGCUAAGAAGGUCAUAGUUCGUGGCAGCGAGGGGAAUCCCUUCAUUUUUCAUUCCCUAUCCUGGUCCAGGAAGUCGGAUAUUUCCUCGAAUGGAACGAUGUACGCAAAGGUCUGGACACCAGAAGAUCCACGAGCAUCGAAGAACGGUUCAACGUUUGAGUAAAACUGUUCAGGUCUUCUCGAUGAUCCAGUGUUUCUCAAUCAAUGGCUAGGAUCCAUUUCAAAUGUUUGCAAACAAAUUAGUGAAAAGAUAAAGAGAAUUUAAAUUUCAUUCGAACAUUAUUAACUUUCGUUUAAUUUGAUUUUAAAUAAUAAUUAUAAUUUAAUAUUAUAUUUGACAUUCUAUUUUAUAUGUAACUUCAAAUUAAAUUGAAAUUUAUUUUGAAAAACUUUUUCUUAGGGCCAAAAUCACUGCUCUCCAUGUAAUUUGGUUUGUUCUUUGGAAAGGUUGAGAAGCACUGUCUUAAUUGUUAUUUAGUAUUUAAGGACCGAUAACUCUAGUCAUCUUUUUAUAAAUUUCUUCAAACGUUAGUUCCUUGAAUUUCGAAAUUAACCUUCGGGAAUAUAAUUAUUUUUCAAUAGAAACAAAGAUUUUUGUCUUCUUUUAGUCGAUAUCAACUACAUAUAUAUGUAAUACAGUACUGCGCGUGCAAUUGUUGUAAAAUACACUUUUGUGUCAUUUAAUUGAAGAAAUCUAGUCAAACUCUGCUAACGUUAACAGUAUUAUUAUCGUUAAUGCUAUUAUAUCUAAUUAUUGUAUCUGACGAAACGGUAACAAGUCAAAAACGAAGGAAAUGUUACUUUUAUUAUUAAUUUAAGUGAAAAUCGAAUCUAACGAUAAGCACAAUUUGUAUUCGGAUAAUAAAGUAAUAGUGUGAAUUUUAAUGAAAUUUUGAUAAUUCGCAUUGAAAUUUGCGAGAAACAAAUAAACGAUUUAAUAACGUGUAGACUGGACUGGACUGGUAAACUGAACGUUUCUUCUGAUUUCUUUGUAGCAAUGGUCAAAACGCUUAUACGACAUACAAACAAUUUAUGAAGAUUCUGUCGGAAUAUAUGUAUGUUUCUUUUCAUCGAUAAAAAUUGUGUUUUUAUUUUUCGUGAAAUAUUCUUCGACGGAAUUUUAAUUUUUGUAAAUACAAAACACUGUUAGAAGUAAAUAAUGUAUAAUACGAGUAAGUAGGUAUCGUUUGUACGUGAAAAGAGACGAAUAAUAGAGAUCGAAACAAUUGUCGACACCGUUGUCAUCGACGCCAAAUAAAUUAAUAGAUACUUCGAGUUUACCAUUGUUUUCAAUUUUCUCCUGAUGUAUUUUCCCUGCUUUCCCAUUCUUUUGCAAUUCUUUAAUUCGAUUAAUUAUUUACUAUCUCUUUGAUUUCUAAAUUUCCCAGUAUUCUCAAUCAUCUGCAUUAAAUAUACCGUUACACUUCGAUAUUCAGAUUGUUCGAGUCUUGCAUUGUAAAUCAAGAAAAUUUGAACUUUAUCGGAGCGCAUUGACCAAAUGUACGUCGCAAAAUGGCGGAUGGAAAACCGUAAAAAAAAAAAAAAAAGAAAAAAGAAAACGAAAAAGUACAACAGUAAACACUUGUGGAAAUUGUAGCACAGAAUUCGACAAAAAUGGGAGCAGAGAAGGAAGCUAGGCUGGAAGAGGGAGAGUGAUCGUGGGCGGUACGUCGAUAUUGCGACGUCGCGUCGCGACGCUCUGCAACGCGAGAAUAAUGGCGGCGACGCCGACGGCUGCGACUCUUCCCACGGGCACGAUCCUCUUUCCCUCUUUGCUAUUUUUCCAGUACGAACAAAUUGUCUUUGGAAAUAAGAAUACUAGCAUUCUAUUUAUUAACGAAAAUAUUGUUGUUCGUGAAUGGAGUUGCGUUAGAAUAGCAAGUUAUUAGAAGACUUGUAGAACACUUAUCAAUAAAUCACGUUGAUAAGUCUGGAAUUGAAAUAGAGCGAAAAUAAUUUUCCCAAAGAAGAUUAAGACUAUAUCUGUGACGUUGCCGAGCCACAGUAGCCCACAGCAUGACGUGGGGCUGGGGCAGUUAUCAGCUGUGAAAACAGCAUUGUUUAUAGACACCGCGACACAAUGAUGUGUAAUUGAAUCCAUAUUCUACCCUGUUGUAUACGGACCCUUUCAACAGAAGCGGAACACCCCUGGUGCCAGGGGGUGGUUACACUUAACGGUUUGGAAAUCGAGGGUGGCCGACGAUUUGUGGACAAUUAGGGAAGAUGUACAUGGCCCUAUGGACGAAUCAACCUUUUCCGGACGUUGUCCUUUCCUUUCCUUUUCUUUUCUUUUCUUUUUUUUUUGUUUGCUCUACUUUCCAAUCGCUUCUUCUUCUAACUCUAUUCAUUUUAUACUCUAUUAUCUAUUGUUCUAUCUCUACGAUAUUCGACCCUAUCGCGUCAUCGAAGUGGUGCAAACAUUAUCUACGAUUUACCCAGGUGUGUCUAUACACCUGCUCUUAUCAUCAUCGUUCGAUACUGUUUGUAACAGUAACACGUGUUAUCUUUGACACUUGUACCAGAGUGGCGAUUUAAACCCUAAAAUAUUGCGAUGCAGUAAACGAUCCUCCUGUGAUUAUCUCAAGCAAUGUUUGCCACUUGGGCUAGUUUCAUACUAACACUACUAAUAACAAUGGUAUCUCCAUACGAGCGUUUUCGAGCCAAUUCUUUAUUAAUUUUCAUGUUAAAUUCUACGCUGUACUUUGCACUCUAAAACUCUAAAGUAACUCCCCGCGUUUCAUUUGAACGAAUCCCUGAACAACCGAAGCUUCCUGGACAAAGAUGAGCUUGCGAUGCUUGAACGUAACGUAACAUUGCUAUUACGAGAUGAAUCGAGAAUUAAUACUUUAUUUGUGCGUCACUCCAGCUGCGAGGCUCAACACAAGUGCGACCCUCGUGACAAGAGGGUGUUCUUAAUGCGUCUCUGAUACGCGAAUGGGGCUGCAAGCGGUUUUCUAUGGUUUGCUAAUUUUCACGGGAUCACGGUACUGUGACGUUCGAGCCGAUUAGGUUCAACGUGGGGUACCGAACUUUCGCGCCUUCCCUCCGCCCCUUAACCACUUAUUUCUCCAUGGACCACGCGCGGCGGUUUCUAAUCGCUUUCGGAAUAAAAUAAAAUUAAUGAACACGUCGAUUCUUUCGAAAUAUCAAAUAACUCAUCAUUCGAGAAUUCGUUAUUAGUCGAUCUAGCCGGAUAGCUAGAUACAUUUGUCACGAUUAGAGGGAGACAUUGAAUUUACGUUGCUGUUUGUAAAAACAAGUAGCCUAGGCAGUGUAAUUGGUCUGAUAAGUAAGUAUUAUAAUUGAAUACUCUAAAACAGUAAAAUUUCUAGACAACAGAGUUUCGCGAUGAAAAGCUGAGAAUCGAAUUAAUGGUGUUACAUUCAAAGGCAGAAAUUUAGGGGGUCCGUUACACCGGCGCGGGAUAUUUCGAGUUGAGGGGUGCCCCGAGCAAAAGAGAGCAUUCACUUCAGUCACCCUUCCGUCCCGCCCCACCUCAAACCAGAUCCCUCCAGGGUGAAAAUUGGGGCACGCAAAUACCUGGACAGCUGCGUUCUGGGGGUGUUUCCAGAAGCUGUAACGGUGGACCUAGACGGAUCACUUUUAUGCUCGUAAUUUACUCGGAAUAUACUCCGACCGAUUGUCGUGGUCCGGGGAACACCAUUACUCUACUCGAUUGUCAUCAGUGAGCGAUUAGAUUCCUGACACAGCUACAUUUCCUUUUAUUUAACCUGUUACCAGUUUACGUGCAUCGAUUGAAUAAUAUCAAACUCAGUUGCCAAUAAUCUUUAUCACAGAUAUGCUUAAUAACAAAUAAAAUAUUACAUUAAUGUUUCUCCCCUUCCUGCAUAAAAUCCUUCUAUUUCUUUUCUGGGAACUGGGGAACCCCCGCCACCAUAUG